UCCAUCAUCUUCCUCAAUUCUCCAAUUCCCAGAUCUGUUAGGGAUUUCAAAAAGAGCCAUGGAGAAUGGGAAAAGAGACAGAGACGACAUGGAAGUGCAACCCUCCCCUAGAAAGCCACGUGUACUCCUCGCAGCAAGCGGAAGCGUCGCCGCCAUCAAAUUCGGCAACCUCUGCCACUGCUUCACAGAAUGGGCGGAAGUGAGAGCCGUCGUCUCGAAGUCGUCUCUCCACUUCCUCGACAAGCUCUCUCUCCCACCGGAAGUGACUCUCUACACAGACGAAGAAGAGUGGUCGAGCUGGAACAAGAUCGGCGAUCCCGUGCUUCACAUCGAGCUCAGACGCUGGGCUGACGUCAUGGUCAUCGCUCCUUUGUCUGCUAACACUUUAGCCAAGAUAGCUGGUGGGAUGUGUGAUAAUCUUCUGACUUGUAUCAUUCGAGCUUGGGAUUAUAGCAAACCGCUUUUCGUUGCGCCGGCUAUGAAUACUUUGAUGUGGAACAAUCCUUUUACGGAGAGGCAUCUUUUGUCGCUUGAUGAGCUUGGAAUCACACUUAUUCCUCCGAUCAAGAAGAGGUUGGCUUGUGGUGACUAUGGUAAUGGCGCGAUGGUUGAGCCGUCUCUUAUCUAUUCGACUGUUAGACUCUUUUGGGAGUCUCAGGGUCAUCAGCAGAGUGGUGGUGGAACUAGUUAAAAACCAUGGUCUAAUGGUUGGUUCUGUUUUCGGUGUCAUAGAUUGUUCUGUCUGUACUGCUUUGUGUUUGUAUAUGUUAAGAACAGCUGUCUGGAUUGAUGUCUCUUAACUACCAUUUUCACUGUCUCUCUCUUUCUCAGUAUUCAAGUA